UCUAGGGUGGCUCACUUUUUUUUUUUUUUUUUCUACUGCUCUAGGGCAGUCAUGGGGUCUGAGUCCUCUCUGUGCCCCCAGAAUAGCGCAGCACAGGGUCUGGCACAUAAUAGGUGCCAGUUUUUAGCCUUUUUUUUUUUUUUUUUUUAAGUUUAAUUGGUGAACGCAACUGGUUAUGACUGCCCCUUCUCCCAGGUUUUUCCACAGCACCAUGGGGCUGUCACACGGUAACCCAGAGGCCCCCACUUCCCUCCUCCCUUCCUUAAACAGAGCUCUGGCUCUGACUUUCUGGCAUUGCAUUUCCUGAGAAGUGAGAGGGCAGCUGAGCCCUGGCUCCUGCUUCUGCUCCAGCCAAGAUCUGCCCGCCAUGGCUCUGGUGCUGAUCCUCCAGCUGCUGACCCUCUGGCCUCUGUGUCAUGCAGACCUCACUUCAACUGGCUCCCAGGAAUCCCAGGGCCCCAGUAGCCCUGUUUUUUCAGUGCCCCCAGCCUUAUACCCCAAGCCAUGGCUGGGGGCUCAGCCCGCUGCAAUUGUAACCCCUGGGAUCAACGUGACCUUGAGGUGCCGGGCACCUCAACCUGCCUGGAGGUUUGCACUCUUCAAGUCUGGAGAGAUCACCCGUGUGCUGUACCGGGAUGUGUCCAUGGAGCUGGCAGAGUUCUUCCUGGAGGAGGUGACCCCAGCCCAGGGGGGCAGUUACCACUGCUGCUACCAGAAUCCAGGCUGGAAUCUGGGUGUCUGGUCCCACCCCAGUGAUACGUUGGAACUGCUGGUGACAGACCAGCUGCCACCCCCGUCGCUGGUGGCGCUGCCCGGGCCGGUGGUGGCGCCCGACGCCAACGUGAGCCUGCGCUGCGCCGGCCGCCUGCGGGGCAUGAGCUUCGCGCUCUACCGCGUGGGCGUGGCGGCCCCGCUCCAGUACCGCGACUCGGCCGAGCCCUGGGCCGACUUCCCGCUGCGCGGCGCCAGCGCCCCCGGCACCUACAGCUGUUACUACCACACGCCGUCCUCCCCGUACGUGCUGUCGCUGCGCAGCGAGCCGCUGCUCAUCAGCGCCGACGGCUCGGGCUCCUUGGACUACAUGCAGGGCAACCUCGUCCGCCUGGGGCUGGCCGGCCUGGUGCUCAUUUCCCUGGGCACACUGGUUGUUUUUGACUGGCGCAGCCAGAGUUGUGCCCCAGGCAGUGUCAGGCCCUGAGCCCCAGAGGACUGGACACAGAUGCCUCGCAGUGUGAGAAGAGUUCCCAGAGACAGCGAGAAGAAACAGGGAUUCCUGGUGUUGGACUGGCCCCACAGUCCCCCUGGCUGAGCCCAGCUUCUGGGUCAUAAUAAGCUUCGUACUGUGUGCUCUAUCUCCCUUCUGGGUCAUUCCUCUAGUGCAUCAGUGGAAAGCUGUCUCCGUGGUUAAGGCUUCCUAGUCUCGAGGCCUGGGUUCGAAUCCCAGGGCCACUGCUCACUCACUGCGUUAUUAGGAAAGAGACCUUUCCCAAGUCUCAAUUGCCUUGAAUGUAAAAUGGGCUGACUGAUAAUACCCACUUCAUAAUCUUGUAGGAUUAAGUGGGCAAUACACAUGAAACCCUCAAAAGUGACUGGCCCAUAGUAAAUGCUCAAUAAAUGUUAGCUAUCCUAUAACUGCGGUUUCUACCAGAUGCUCAAGGCCGGAAUGUAGUCCCCCCCACCCCCCACCAUUGCGCAUGCUCCAGCUGAACUUUUCAGCAAUUCACCGCCAUUUCCUUCAUGCCCCCCAGCCUCUACUUCUCUCUGAACUUCUCUCCCCCCUUGCCUCCCCCCGUCCUUGGUCGACCAGCAAACCUCUUCCAAACCCCUCCUCAGACCUUCUGACCUGGGUAGACCAAGAUCAGAUCAAGGAGAACUUCUUCCCUAUUUAAAGCUUCAUUUGUGUGCAGUGCAGGCUGUUUUCUUGAACCGUCAUUAUGAUUAAGUGGAGUCCGUUGCCAAGGCAACAGCAAGUGCAGUCGAGCACUGACCUGGACAUUUAUACAUGGCACCUGGCCUGCUUCCCAUGGGGUCUUGGCUGCCUUCACAGUUGUAAAGCUAAUGCAAACCAUUCCGCAGUGCAGCCCGUUUGCUCUCCCCUCUUGCCUCUCUUUCUGGAAGGCCUGACUACAUUCAGUUUCUCCUGAGUUUAGUAAUUUAACUUCUAUUUUAAUCUUGGUAACCCGGAUGCCUUUAUCAUCCUCAUACACACAUACACACAUUUUUCUGUCUUUAAGCACUUCUUACCACACAACACUUGUGUUCCCUUCUUGCUUAUGCCUAAUUUUGAUGGAGCACACAUCCUCUUCUAUUGUUACUAAGUUUUCCACCUUCCCCUUCUCCUCUUCCCACUCUGUGAAGGAGAGGAUGCCUUCCAUUUUUUGGACAACCCCAGCUCCAUCAUCCACAAGGGGGAUAGCCUUGAGCAAUUUACAGACCCUCCUGAAUUUUUAUCCCUGAAAGAGGAAACUAAAAAUAUCCACCACGUUGGUUUGAGAUAAUCAAACAGGAUAACUUGUCCCCAACAUGUGGAGAGAGAUCAUAAAAGCUCAAGAUCAGCAGUUUUAAUCUAUCCCACCCCCCCUUUUGGGGAGACAUGAUUAGGAAGCAAAGCUUACAUCACAGCCCUGUACACACAUCCAUUUACAUCUAUAAACUAGAAUUCAAGUUCUAUGAAGCAAUAUUCACUUCUACUAUUUUAUUAUGAUCUAUUUUAUUAAAAAUGCUGAUCAUGACUCCUUUCAUUGAUGAAACAACUCCCUAACACCCACAGUGAGACACGAUUUGAGGAAGUUGAGCAAUAUUUGUUGGUGUUCCUUGGUUACAGAAACUGAUCUCUGGACUCGUAUAAAGACUGGGAAACUCAAAAUAUGGAUAAACAGCAUAAAACGAUGGUAUUUCAACACCCAGUUCUCCUAGUAGUUGAGAUUUGGGUACUGCAGUUAAGCAGAACUGAAAUCAGAAGUCAAGUUAGCCACCUGGGUUCACUGACUUGCUGAAGAGAUUGGAGGAGAGACUCCGAGCAGGACUUUCUGGGUUUGUACUUAGUACCAAUGUGGGACUCCUGUGGAGCAUAUCCUGGGCAAUCUCCCUGUGAACUGGAUGUGGACGUGGGAAAUCAAGGGAGAAGCAGGGAUCCAGAUU